CGACACGUUAGCUUCACUGUAUAAACAUAGCUUAACAAUAGCUCAUAUUUAGCUAAAGCUAACUUAAUUAAACAAUUAUACAAAGAAAGUUAACAAAGUUAAAAUCUGACUGAAGUCACAGAUAAUAUCUUAACAUUACACCAUAGCAACAAAUACUAACCUUGUGCCUCUUCGGAGGGUUGUUAAUACAUGAAACAUUUCCUUUUAAUUUUCUCCAUUUAGCGUUUCUGUCUGUCACAGUACUGUUUGUUUACAGCGGAAAAAUAAAAUAAAAGCCCUUAUAAUCAAAAUGAGAAAUAAGACCGUAUAAGCUUAAAACCAGCAGCGGAUCGUAUAACAGCAAUAGAUCAGCGCAGAAAACAUGGAGUCUUCCUGUGUCCCAGAAAUACUGCAUUUUUUUUACUAUUGUGUGUGUGUGUGUGUGUGAGAGAGCCUACAGGGAGCGACAGGGAACUCCUCAUUCCGACUCCGACUCCUAUUACUAAGGACAAGCGAAAGAGAAAGUAUUUUCCAGGCGGCUGCUGAUCAAAUCACCAGUUGUUUCUCUUCUUUUCUUUUCUUUUCUUUUUUUGAGUUACAGUGGAUGGUCUAUUCUUUACAUAGUCUUCAGUAUGUUUAGGAAACUCUACUUAGCAGUGACCACUGUUCUGUUUAUUUCUACUUUGAUACCGCGUACAGCAGGAACAUUUGUAGUGAAUGUGGCACAGACCUCCUAUCAGGCAGAGGAGAACCACAACAUCACACUGGACUGGACCUUCACCACCACAACUCACCGCUCUCUGGACUCUGUUUCUUUCCUCUGUGAACUGUUUACUGAUCUGAAAGUCUCAGUCCUGUUUCAUCUCCAUGAGGGUGUUGAGGUCUCAGAGUCUCAGGAUAAACAGUUUUCAGGACGAGUCCAGUUUGACAAAGACGUCCUCAGAGAAGGACGAAUCAGACUUCAUGUGUCCAGACUCAGGACUGAGGACUCAGGUCUGUACAGGUGUGACGUGAAGACAAAUUAUGGUUCGAGCUCUGACAAAUGUCGACUCAAUGUCACUGAGCAACCUAAAGUGAUUGGUUCAACAGUUAAAGCAGCAGUCGGUGAGGAUGUCAUCCUGCCAUGCCACCUGGAGCCCCCACAUAACGUCACAACUCUAACAGUGGUGUGGAAAUUCAAUGGAAACAUUGUGCAUCUCUAUAGAAGUAAAAGAGAUGAUCUAACUGAACACCUGAACUUCAAAGACAGAACGUCCCUCUUCAAAGAUGAAAUGGUUAAAGGAAACAUUUCAUUAAAACUGACCAGUGUCACAGAAAAUGAUGAAGGAAAUUACACCUGCAAUGUGCCCAAACUGGAAAGUCAGGUCAAACGUGACAUUGUUACCCUCAUUGUUAUGAAACACGGAAAGAGGGUUGAUCCCAGUGAGUAAAUAUCUUGAGUUCAAUCUGUUUGUAUCACAAUUAGCUUUUAUCACCAC